CUCUGACUUCCACAGCGGGAAUUAUGGCGACCGCGGCCCCCACUUGUGAACGGAACUGCUUGCCGUCGCGGUACCAAUGCCCGCUGUGCUUGGAUCUACUGGUGUCUCCUGUGCAACUUCCAUGUUGCCGAAAGCAUCUUUGUCUGACAUGCUUUGAGCGUGCAGUGGACCUCACGUCGACCAACUGUGCAUUUUGUCGUAAACGCAUCGUUAGCUUUGCUCGGCGGCAGUCGAAAAAGGUGGACGAAGCAUUGUGGGCUGAGAUUCAAGCCAAGGUCAAGAACAUGGACCUUAGCGCAGUCACAUUUGAAAGCGUCGAUGGAGACUAUGGAUCCCGACCAACUAACUCAGCAGUCCCGGGCGAACUUUACUUGUACUAUGAGCAGUGCAAGUCUGAAGUCGAACGAGAGCGACGCGAAAGAGAACAGGAACAACUCGCAGCUACUCUGCGUUUCCUCGAGUCCGAGGCCACGCUGGUCUCCCCAUUCAACGACGCACCAGUGGCACAGUCCUGGACACCGCCACCACUGCCUGUGUACUCGAUCUUUGCCACAGGCUCAGCACCCCGGCACUCGACUCCAGCCACACGCAAGGGCCUCCUCAAGAAGAGCCGACCGUCGCAGAAACGGUCGAAUGCCCCCCCCCAAGUACCGCCUUCCAAGAAACGAUGGACAUGCGCAGCUUGCACAUACCUGAACGUGAGCCUCAGCCAUGUCUGUGCCAUGUGCCAGACCAAGUCACCAUCGUGAUACGUUGCAGACCUAUUUAUUAACACCCCUAUGGACCCUCCACCAAACAAUCUCCUUGAAAGCAACUCCACGCUAGUCUUUCUGG